GCCAGCAUUUGUGAAACCAUCGGAAUGCGACAAAAUCUCUAAUAAGAGAUUUACAGUUCUGUUUCGGAUUAUGUUAUUUAUAACUCGUUCUGUCAUAAAUGUGCCUUUGGCUAAAUACGGCGUGUGCACUAACCGCAGCUCUUUAUCGAUUUGAAACGCUGCGGAAAUAACUUCUUUAUCUCACUUUGGGGGAGUCUUCUCACAGAGCGAGGCUGCCUGGAUAAUUUUUUUCCCUCGUUUGUUCUCAUGCGUGACCGUGAAAUGAUAUCAAUUGGAUUGUAUCGCGUUGGAUAGACAUUCUGGUCUGAUGCCCGGCUGCUGCCAUGUUCACCAAGAAGAAGAAGCCCCGCGUCCAGAUUUCGGCACCUUCCAACUUCGAGCACCGCGUGCACACAGACUUUGACGAGCAAGAACAGAAGUUUGUGGGGCUGCCGCGGCAAUGGCAGUCUCUGAUCGAGGACACAGCCAAGAGGCCCAAGCCCUUCAUCGACGUCACCGUCAUCACCACUGUGGAGCCCCGCAAGACCAUAGUGCGGGGUAGUAAGAUCGCUGUGGACGGCUCGCUGACAUGGCUGCUGGAUGAGUUUGACACCAUGUCGGUGACCCGCUCCAACUCCCUGAGGCGAGGCAGCCCCCCGAUCCAGCCCCGCAGAGACUCCGGAUCCUCAGGGGGAGGAGGCCAUGAGAACGGGGACCUGGCCCAUCGGACACACCACCACCCAGAUCACUAUGGAGACAGAGAUAGGGAGCGGCCCAGGCCGGACCAGUUAGCUGGUGGAGACCCCCGGCAGCCCCAGCGGGUACCCCGCUCUCAGAGAGAGGACGGCCGGCCACAGCAGCAGCCCCGGGGCCAGGAGCCAGGCAGCAGGCACCGAGAGAGGGAGCGGCCCUGCCCACCCCCUCCCCCGCCAAAGCCCAGAGACAUGGACCCACGGGACCACCACGACCAGGUAGUCCGCAGGGACGAGCCCAGCGACAAGAGGCCCAAGUCCAGCUACACAGGCAGGGACGGCAGCCCCCAAUCGCCCCGAGAUAAGAGGCCUCUCUCGGGGCCCAACAUCCGUAUGCCUAACCUCCCUGUCACAGAGGGGGUGAUAAAGACAGCACAGCAGAGCAGUAGGCCGUUCAACACCUACCCCCGCGCUGACAGUGAAGGAGGAAGAAGCCCCACCAGCCAGGAGCUGAAGCCAGCCCGACCACACGAAACACCGCGCCACAACGGUCCCUCUAGUGGCCGCAGCGGGGGCAAAGCCCCACAGCAGGGCCAGCUACGAGGGGACCCCCACCACUCCUCCCACCCUGUCCUGGGCCCUGAGCCCCCCCACGGCUACCAGCAGCUGAAGGCUCCUGUUCCCCGCCCUCCGGCCCCUGCCCUACCACCACAGCAGGCCCUCUCACCCCAGAGGGAGCCCCAGCGGGUGUCCCAUGAGCAGUUCCGCGCCGCACUACAGAUGGUGGUGGACCCGGGUGACCCGCGCACCUACCUGGACCACUACAUCAAGAUCGGAGAGGGCUCCACCGGCAUUGUGUGCAUUGCCACCGUCAAGAGCACCGGCAAACUGGUCGCUGUCAAGAAGAUGGACCUGCGCAAGCAGCAGCGCCGGGAGCUGCUAUUCAAUGAGGUGGUGAUAAUGCGGGACUAUCACCAUGACAACGUGGUGGAGAUGUACAACAGCUACCUGGUGGGAGAUGAACUCUGGGUCGUCAUGGAAUUCCUGGAGGGAGGGGCUUUGACUGACAUCGUCACACACACCAGGAUGAAUGAGGAGCAGAUAGCCACAGUGUGCCUGUCUGUGCUGAAGGCUCUGUCAGUGCUGCACACCCAGGGCGUCAUCCACAGGGACAUCAAGAGUGACUCCAUCCUUCUCACCCACGAUGGCAGAGUGAAGCUGUCAGACUUUGGCUUCUGCGCCCAGGUGUCUAAAGAGGUCCAGCGGCGCAAGUCCCUGGUAGGCACACCCUACUGGAUGGCCCCAGAGCUCAUCUCACGACUACCCUAUGGGCCUGAGGUGGACAUCUGGUCCUUGGGGGUGAUGGUGAUUGAGAUGGUGGACGGAGAACCCCCCUAUUUCAAUGAGCCCCCCCUCAAAGCUAUGAAGAUGAUCCGUGACAACCUACCACCCAAACUCAAGAACUUACACAAGGUUUCUCCUCUCCUCAAGGGCUUCCUGGACAAAUUGCUGGUGCGAGACCCUACCCAGAGGGCCUCAGCCAAUGAGCUGCUCAAGCACCCCUUCCUGAGCAAGGCUGGCCCGCCCUCCUGCAUCGUGCCUCUCAUGAGGCAGAACCGCAUGAGAUGAGAGUGAGCAGAGGCCUCUUCCCCACUAAGUGGUAGUAGUCACAUGGACCCUGAAACCCAAGCUCACACCUCGGACUCGCACUGAUCUGGAGCGGGGCUGGGGGACAGCGGAGAAGCACUGCCCAGUUUGUUUUAGCAUUUUUGUUGGUCAAGCAUUGUUUUAACGCACCUUUUGACAUGAAAAGGAACUCUGUCUGUCCCUUUUUUUGCUGUGGGGGAAAAACAUUUGGACACUACAAGGAUUUAUAGCUUGAGCGGUUUGGUGCAGAAUGAGACUUGGAAAGUGUUGUGGGAUCAUUAGAACCUAAGCUACCUGCUGGGGAGACUGUUGGCAUCCUAGCUGAAUGGUCUGAAAAGCAUGCUUCCACACUAAAGGACUUCCUCACUACAUGGCCCAGUCUCAACUCUAUUGCAAUAGACAGGACAUCAUAAACUACUACUGAAGGAGGACCAUGCUUUUCUCUUACCACACGAUGAGUACAAGUCUGAAAAACACUUGGUCCCUGUUACAAACACUAAGAAAAGGUAAACACUGGAGUUGUGUUUUUUUAGAUAUUUCUUGUGUAAGUAUGAUGAACAUAGAGAUAUAUCUGCUUUGUUUUCUCUAUUUUAUGAUUUUUGUUUAGGUUACAGUGAGAUGAUUUUAAAGCACUCUUCUCCGAUAGAAGCUGCACUCCUGGUUGAUUCCAAUAUAGCGUCUAGUUCUUUAAAUCGUUUAGUUUUUUAAUUUAGCUGUGUUUAAUAGAAUAUCAUGGUGAAGUGAACAUCAAGGCAGUUUUAGCUGUUAUUUUUACUUUAGGGAUUUAGCCGUGUAGAUUGUGCUCUCUGUAACCUCUCGAUCCGCUGCUGUAGACCUCAACUGUUAGUCUAUAGUAGUGACUACUAGGUCAAUGUAAGGACAACCCUUAUGAAGCACCCCUUCCACCAUACACGUGUUUGUGUGUGCAUAUGUGUGUAUAUACAGGAAUAGUCCAGAUCGGUUAAAUACUUAUUUUUUCCCCCUAAAGAUGCAUUUCUUUAUUGCCUGACCUGGACAAUGGGUCUGGACUAUAUGAAUGUAGUGCUGAGCCACAAACAAGCUCUGCAUUUAAAGAUGGAAUCUGCAGUAGGGUGAAACGGCGCCACCGACCGCCCCCACCACUGUUGUCAUUUGUUUUAUAUAUAUAUAUAUAUAUAUAUAUACACACACACACAAAAAUAGCAGUACAUAUUGUGCUCUUCUAUCGUGCGUGAAAAGAUGUCCGAGUGGGGAAAAAAACUGUUUGCAGUUACUUUGUUGAAGGUAAUAUCGCAAACGGACGUGGCUGUUUCACCAUUAAGGAUUCCAGAUUUAAGGGCUUAUUACAACAAGAAACGGACACACAAGGUGAAAAUCCGUGUUUAGCUUAAUGAAGUGUGCAACAGCUGCUAGAACUGAACUAUUGUGUCCACAAUGUAGCAACGACAGGAACUGUAUGGCAGAAAACACGGAUGCAAACAGGGACGGCAGGGUAGCCUAGUGGUUAGAGCGUUGGACUAGUAACCGGAAGGUUGCAAGUUCAAAUUCCCGAGCUGACAAGGUACAAAUCUGGCCCUGAACGGGCAGUUAACCCACUGUUCCUAGGCCGUCAUUGAAAAUAAGAAUUUGUUCUUAACUGACUUGCCUAGUUAAAUAAAGGUUUAAAAAAAACACAAGUAGUAAACUCUCACUGCAAUUACCCACACACACUUCAUACAGGGCCCAACAAAAGUCUGCGAUGUGGGUGGAAUCACGAAUUCAGCCCUUAAAACGGAAUUCAAAAAUAUUUAGAAAUAGGAAAUCAACUAAAUGUAUUACAAAAUGUAUUUUGCCAAGAUUAUCGUAAGACAUAAUAUAAAUCACUAAUGCAAUUUUUUCCUUUAACUCCCUGAAGCAAAGGCAUGGGAAUUACCCUAUCUGUGUGCAAGGUUGUCUGCCGCUUUGUGUAGCUUUUAGCAAUGAUGCUAAUGAUAACCGUCUUCUGGUAGAUGGAGAUACUUAAAAAAUAAAUAAACAUGUAAGUUAGGCAAACUGCAUUCACAUGUGCGCCACAGAAACACAGAUAACCAAAUAAGUCUCUUGGCUGGUGCACACUUGAAUUAAAGGGUAUCUACACCCAGAAAUGUCUUAGAUUUUCCCAAGACCUCAAAAGUGCUCACCUGGUAUGUUUUUACCAUUGUUGUGAAACAAGAUUUAAUGUUCUAUUUAAAAAGUGUGAUCCUGGAAAAACAAAACCGAUAUUAUAGGGCCCUAUUCAUUGUUACUCCCCAUUUUUUUUCUCUGAGCUUCCCCCCCAAUUCUAGAGUAGCAAGACCAAGUCGCACAUGUACCAUAGAGAGCAUCCAAAGACCACGAGGCCUUAGUGCACAGCAAAGAGUAGCCAAUGUGUCUGUUCUGAAUUUCAGUGGGGAAAUCGGAACAGACUGUCCAUAAGUAGACACUAACACUACAUUGUGAAGUAUUGUAUUUAGAUACAGAAUAGAAGUGUCAUAGCAGAGGUUAGUGUACUGUUUUAACAUUCUGUCUCAAAUGUACUUGCUUGUAAGCAAAUUGGAGUAUUUAAUAUAGAUUUAACCAAUUGUUUCACAAUAAUAUUUUAUUCAUCGCUCACUUAAUCCAUUUCAGUACUUUUUACUGAUGCUCAAAAGGUAGUCUGGUUGAAUUUAAAUGUGAGACAAUGUUCCAUAUUUACAAAAAAAGUGGAAGUCUGUUUAAAGUGACACAAUGGUUGGCAUGCCUGAAUAAGAUGUGAUCUGUCUGUUCCCUGUGUAAAAAAGAAUGUUCUUCCAGUUUAGUAAAACUGAGUGAAAAGAUGGGCUGAAAGAAUGACAAUCAAAGUUAGUAGGAGUAAAUAACUCCGCUUUUGCAACUAUUCUAAACGGAUCACUUUUCAUUGCUCACAAAGUUUUGUAACUAUAAUUGUGUAGCAUUUUGACAACACAAACAAAUUUUCUAAACAAAUCCUAUUUUGAUACUCAUUAAAUCCAUCUUUACGUAUGUAUAUUUUUAAAUCACUUAACUAAUAAGGUCCAUGAAGUGAUGGCACACACUUGGUAUUUUGUGUUUUUUAUUAAAUACUGUAUAACGAUGAAUGCAAAAAAAAUCUAUAGACUUCAUUCCUCAAACUACAGAAUUGAAGCAUCUCAUUAACCCCCACGUGUUACAUAGGAGUUCCAUCGCCAUUGGUUUCAAUCACUUCUACCACAGUUUUCAGUGGCUGGUAUGAAACCAAUCACGUACAUUUCUCAGUUUGUAUUUGACAUUCCUGUAGCUUCUACUUAAAUGAAUGGCUGUCAAGGUUAGAACGGCUUAACAUAGUUUUAUCGGUUUUUGUGUGUAUUAAUGCCUUAACGUUCAGAAGAGUAACAUGAUUUAAUAUGAUUCCCUUUCUUUACAAUUACUGUUAGUUGCAAAUGUACAUUAUUAUAUUUCUCAUCUCAAGGAGUCUAGUGCCUCUGCGUAAACGUAUCGUUGUUCUCGCUGGUUUGUGUUUGUUGAGGAUGCUCAAAUUCCAAUUAGGAGCUGUGACGACUACUGACUGGCCUACUUGGUAAUAUAUUUAUGUGUGAAUUUCUCCAACUUGUCUGUAUGAUCAAUUUUCACACUUGUACGCUAAAUCAUUUAUGCAUCAGUAUUGUCAAGUUUGUCAUAGUUUACCAUUUUUCUGAAGAGUCCAAACCCCCCUGGAUUUUUGAAUUUCCACUGGUUAUUAAAAAAAUAAACGUUGCAGAUUUUCGAUAUUUUUUGCAAAUACAGUUUUUCUAAAAUGUA